CUCCCAACCGGGCUGCGGAGCCAUGAGCAGCGCCGUGCUCCUCGCCCACCUCCCCGACCCCAGCACCAGCUUCAGGGAAGACGCCCCCCGACCCCCUGUCCCGGGGGAGGAAGGAGAGGCACCAUGCCCGCAUCUCGCCAGCUCGUUCCUCCCCAAAAGCCAAAGCUUCAAGGCCAUGCCGGUGCCUCCUGCCCCGCGGAGGAAUGAGAAUGGACUCGGGGAGCCGGAAGGCAGCGCAUCUCCAGACUCCCCUUUGGCCAGAUGGACCAAAUCCUUGCAUUCCUUGUUGGGAGAUCAAGAUGGUGCCUAUCUUUUUCGGACCUUCUUGGAAAGGGAAAAAUGUGUGGAUACCUUAGACUUCUGGUUUGCCUGCAAUGGCUUCAGGCAGAUGGACCUUAAGGAUACCAAAACUUUAAGAGUAGCCAAAGCUAUAUACAAAAGGUACAUCGAGAACAACAGCAUCGUCUCCAAGCAGCUCAAGCCUGCUACCAAGACCUACAUAAGGGAUAGCAUCAAGAAGCAGCAGAUAGAUUCUAUCAUGUUUGAUCAGGCACAGACUGAGAUUCAGACUGUGAUGGAGGAAAAUGCUUACCAGAUGUUUUUAACUUCUGAUAUAUACCUCGAAUAUGUAAGGAGUGGAGGAGAGAAUCCUGCUUACAUGAACAGCAAUGGACUGGGGAGCUUAAAAGUGGUCUGUGGCUAUCUCCCGACCUUGAAUGAAGAAGAGGAAUGGAGCUGUGCAGACUUUAAAAACAAGAUCUUGCCUUCGGUAGUGGGACUAUCCAGCAAGACUCUGAGGGUUACGGCGAAUGUCAGAGCCACGGAGACCAUCGAGAACGGAUACAGGUGCUUCAAGAGGAACGAUCCCGUUAACCCAUACCAUGUGAACUCUGGCUAUGUUUUUGCCCCAGCAACCAGCGCCAACGAUAGUGAGAUAUCUAGUGAUGCCCUGACGGAUGACUCCAUGUCAAUGACGGACAGCAGCGUAGAUGGGAUCCCCCCGUACAGAAUUGGGAGCAAGAAGCAGCUCCAGCGGGAAAUGCAUCGGAGCGUCAAGGCCAACGGUCAAGUUUCUCUACCUCAUUUUCCGAGGACCCACCGCCUUCCCAAGGAGAUGACCCCGGUGGAGCCAGCUGCCUUCGCCGCGGAGCUCAUUUCCCGCCUGGAGAAGCUGAAGCAGGAGCAGGAAGCCAUGGACAGUCUGGAGGAGAGGCUGCAGCAAAUCAAGGAGGACGAGGAGAAGGAGGGCUCGGAGCUGGCCGCCAGCCUGCAGAGCAGUCGGGAGAUGGCGACCCCGCAGCACCCGCUCUCGCUCCUGCCCUCCAGCAGCUACGAGGAGGACCCCCAGGCCAUCCUGGACGAGCACCUCUCCCGCGUGCUCAAGACCCCCGGUUGCCAGUCCCCGGGCAUGGCCCGGCACAGCCCUCGUGCCCGCUCCCCCGACCGCCUGCCCGUGGGCAAGCUGCCGCCCGGCGCGGCCUCGCUGGCGGCGUGCACCUUGCUGGGCAAGGGCUUCAUCACCAAGCAGACCACCAAGCACGUGCACCACCACUACAUCCACCACCACACCGUGCCCAAGACGAAGGAGCAGAUCGAAGCAGAGGCGGCUCAGCGGGUGCAGUGCUGCUGCCCAGCAGGCAGCGACUUCUACUGCUACCCCAAGUGCAAGGGACACCCCAAAAACACCGACCCGCCUCUCCCUCCGCUGGAGCCCUUCGGCAGGACAGGGACGCUGCUGAAGAGGCCGGGCAGAGGAGUGGAUAGCGUGGCCCUGCCACCCGGUGAUGGGGGGCUGCCUGGCCCCGGUGGGGUGCAGCUACCGGGGGGCGAAGCAGACCGGGCACAGAACGUCUGGCAGUGGAUGCUGGAGAGCGAGAGACAAAACAAGCACAAGCCCCAUAGCACACAAAGCACAAAGAAGGCCUACAGCUCCGACUUCACCAAGGGGGCCCCCGGCCGGCACCACCCGUGGGGGACCAGCAGCCACCCGCGUGGGGCGCAGCCUGCCCACCCCUUCGUCCAGGACCCCGCCAUGCCGCCGCUCACCCCCCCCAACACCCUGGCGCAGCUGGAGGAAGCCUGCCGCCGCCUCGCCGAGGUCUCCAAGCCGCAGAAGCAACGAUGUUCAACCUCAAAUCAGCAGAGGGAUCGAAACCACUCCGGGCCAGGGGGAAACACCCCUUUCUGCAGUGCAAGUCUAACGACGGAAGAUCACAAAGAGCCAAAGAAAGUGCCGGUUGUUCACACCUCCCAGGCCACUGAGCUGGUUGUCACCUAUUUUUUUUGCGGAGAAGAAAUUCCCUACAGGAGGAUGUUAAAGGCCCAGAGCCUGACACUUGGGCUCUUUAAAGAACAGCUGAGCAAAAAGGGAAAUUACAGAUACUACUUCAAAAAAGCAAGCGACGAGUUUGACUGCGGCGCGGUGUUUGAAGAGAUUUGGGAAGACGAAACCAUCCUGCCCAUGUACGAAGGGAGGAUUCUUGGGAAAGUCGAAAGGAUCGAUUGAUGGCAUCUGCGUUUCGUAAGGGAGGUUAAGCUGGAAAAGGCUUUGGACACACACAGCAGUGGUGAUGACAAGGAAAGGAGGAAACCAGAAACCAAACUCUGAAGGAAAGUUUUGAACCAAUGAAGAAAACAAGUGAGGUCUGUGAAGACUUUGCUGAAUUAGCCUUAGAGGAGUCAAAAAAUGGCAUUUAUUAUUCAUGAGUUGGGUACCGAGAUGAUAAAAACCCUGAACUAUUUAUUAGAAACAUGACCACUGUUGGCUAUUGGAGAUGCAGACCCUGUUUGAGAGACUUCCAUGCAUAAUAUAUGAUUUCCUGGGGAUCUGAAAUCUAUGGACUAAGAGAAACUGUGUAUAGCUUACCUUAACAGUAAUCCUUAUUGAUAUUUAUUGAACAGUCUGUUUUCCCUUAAGUCCAGUUUUUGGAUAUGCUGCUUUAACAAUGGAGAAGAGAGGGGCUGGGAAGUGGGGUGAUGGGAGGAAGGAUUAUUCUAUUUUUCUAUGUUGUUCCCACUAUCUAAAACUGGGAAGUUUGGCUGUGAGCAUGUUCAUGCUUCAGUUUCGGUUGGAGGGGGAGGAGGGAAGGAGUCACGGUGUGCCCAGUCUCUCUCCCGAGUGAAAUAAGAGAUAAGAACAGUAAUAAAAGGCAAAAUCAAGACAC